CAUCCCAACUAACUCCAGGCUCUGUUUCCCUUCUCCAGGCAGGACAAAAUGGAGCCAUUUCAUCUCUCUGCUCUCGGGCUCCUGACGGAAAACAAAGCCAUUCAAAGGAUCCUCUGCCCCAUGGCAGCGCAGCUCUGCCACCUCCUCCUCGCCCUGGAAUGGGAAGAUGGGAUUUGUCCUGACAUAGGGCAGGAUGCAGAAACGUUGGCCAAAGCCACAGAGGACCUCGCUGCUGUUGCAAGGAGGCUGGCUGAGGAGUCCGCAGAUGAGCUGCUGCAGGAGGAGACGCGUCCCGCGGCCGAGGCCCUGGUGCUGGCGGGGAGGAAGGUGCUGCUGGCAGCCUGCAAGCUCCAGGGGCAGCCCCACAGCCCCGGCCCCCGGGGGGAGCUGGCAGCGGCCGCACAGGGGGUCCUAAUGGAGACAGCGAAGAUCCUUCGGCUGGGAGAUGCUGCGGCGCUGAGGAGGAUCCUGCAGGCUGCCAGCUGCCUCCUGGAGCGCCUGAGCGUGCUGCAGGGCGCAGGGGACAGGCCCGGAGCGCUGGCUGCUUUCCAGGCCUUCUCCGAGGCCCUGCUCCUGCUGAGCAGCCUGGCAGCACAGCGCCUCGAGGAACUGGGUGACUGUCCUCGACGGCAGAGCUUGGCUCGAGCCCUGCAGCACCUGCAGCAGCAGCUCCCGCUGCUCCACGCAGCCAAGGACAGGGAUCUCAGCCACUCCAAGGAGAACGCCUUCCAGCUGGUGGAGAGGACCAUCAAGGAGCUCACAGCCCUGCUCAGCGAUGAUACAGGCAGCAAGGAGCCACAGGACACGAGCGGGACCUUCUCCCGGCACGUGCACAGCCUGCUGGCUCUCCUGUCCCCCCCGGACCCCCUGCUCCUCUCUGACAGCACCUUCAGUGUUCACAUAGGAGCAGUUGUUCUCCACUGCAUGCUCCUGGCAGAGGCAUCCAGGCCAGAGCAGAGGCUGGACCUGGUCAGACGCUGCUGGGCUCUGCUGCGGCUGCGGAAGAGCAUCUGCAGCCUGGGGGGGCAGCAGGAGGGGGGGCCAGGGCUGGAGGGGCAGUGUCACAGCAUGAGGGAGGAGGUGGAGAGCCUGGAGCAGGCAGUGCUCACAGCCACCCUGUGCCAAGUCCUCGACACCUUCCCCGAGGGUCAGGAGCCCCUCAGGCUGUUGGUUGAAGGUGCCCUCAGCCUUGCUGGCCCCGGGUGUUUUCCUGCGGGACAAGGAGGGUUUCUAAAGCAGCUUCAGCCCCUCACUGCUGCCUUCUUCACGCAUGCCCAGGGGAUGCUCAGAGCAGCAGACUUCGUCCUGGCUCUGUGCACCAAGCCCCGCACUGCUGCAGAGACCCAGGAGCUGGUGCAGCGCCUGAGGAGGCUCCUGGCCCACGUCCCUGCCCUGCUCACUGCAAUGAGCAGCCGUGGAGCCCAGAGCAGUGCUGCUGAGCAGCUGCAGUCGCUGUACCUCGCCUGGGCUGGAACAACGCAGAGCCUCCUGUGGUGCUUUGAGGACACAGCCAGCACACGUGAAUUCCUCAAGCUGUCCAUCCGGGAGAUGGCCAAGGACCGGGAAUGCUGCGAACGGGCCCUGGGGAGCCAGGAUGCCAAGGGUUUCUCCUGGCACGCAACCCACCUCAGCAGCUGGGCUCGGUGGGUGGUGGAAGCCACCACCAGGUACGUGGACAGAGCCACAGAUCCCAUCUUCAGGAAUGGGUUGCUGGUUUGGGUCGAGCAGCUGGCCAGCUCCAUCCCCGAGCUGAAAGCGGCUGCAGCCCUUUGUGCAGAGAGACUCUCCUGCCUCCGCACCAGGGAUGUCUUUUCCAAGGCAGCGAGCUCCCUGAUGGAUGCUGCUCAGCGUGUCCAGGACGGGCUGGAUGGGUCCAACCACCCAGACAUCCUCAGCCCCCUGCGGGAACAAGUGCGAGGCGCUGGUGUUACACAGGGGGUUGAGCUCAGCCCACGUCAUGCCGGGCUAAAACCCAUUAUGGAUGAGGCUGUGCUGCAGCAAGACUUCUUGACUCCUCCAUCUUCACCAGCAGGUAACUCACCCCCAAGGGAAGGAGCUGCACACCCCGUGAUCGCAGCCCUCCUGGCAGCAACAGGAGCCCACGACACGGCCUUGCUCCGUGCUGCCUGCUCUGCCCUGCUCGAGCUCUCCAGCGGCUGCGUGCACGCAGCGAAGGCAGCGCUGCCCCUUGCCGAGUGUCCCCACAGGGAGACCCUGGGGCAGUACCAGCAGAUUGAGCUCCUGACCCCACGGGUGAUCAGCCUGGCCAGGGAAGCAGCCCCAGAGCAGCGCCCCUGUCCCACUGCACUUCUCCAUGCGGCACUCACGCUCUCAGAAAGGCUCCGUGAGACCAAGGCGGGCCUGGGUGCCGUGGCAGGGCCCUGCUACACUCUGUCACAGCAAGUCUUUGCCUUCGUCUUGGCUGCUGACUCCCUGAGAGGCACACAGGCUUUGGAGGAGACCAUGAUGGGCCUAGCGGGAGCGGUUCAGUUUGCAGCACACACUGUGAGUGUCGCCUGCAGGGAGGGAAGCCCCCUUUCCCCUGAUGCCUGGGAGAGCUUCCUGCGGGUCCAAGCCACGUUUUCACGCGCUCAGAUGAGCACCAAAGCAUUGCUGGAGAAGGCAGCAUCCUUUGAGAGCUCCUGUGUGGUGAGCAGGGCCAGGCUGGAGCUGCUCUGUGUGCAGUGGGCUGUGAGCACACGCAUCCUGCUGGCUGCUGUGGAUCAGUUCAUCGGCAGGGAUGUGCUGCUCCUGGGGGAGCUGAGGAGCGCCGUGAGGAACAAGCUCUGCCCUCAGAGCCUCCUGGCUGCGGUGUCCGAGCGCUCCCUGAGGCUGCAGGAGGCUGCCCAGCUCUCCUCAUGCUGCCAUGGGCACAGUGAGAUCCCAGUGCUCAGGGGGGAGAUCCAGGUGCUGAUGGAAGCGCUGCUGGAGGCCUCCAGCACCCUCCUGCUCUCCCCACUGCCUAAUGCCAGCCUGUGCGUUCGCUGGGAGCUCCUGCAGAGGGACCUGGCCCUCAGGGCCAAAGCACUGCUGCUCCACCUGGAGAAGGCCAAUGCCGAACACUUGCAGGUGAUCAGGGACGUUGUUGAACCUGCCCUGAUGCCCCUGCCCCAGGAGGAGAGGGAAAGGAGCAAAGAGGCCUUUGAAGAGAAGGCAAACAGGCUAAUGGCAAACGUCCAGUGGGUCAGAACCACCCUCCACCGCGUUCUGGGGGUCAACGUUCAACUGGAGUUGGAGGCAAACCUGCUCUCCAUCACAGAGCACCUCCUGGUCCUCACAUCCAACGCAGUGGGCAGUGCCAGGCAGCUCUUCCAGAGCCACCGGGAUGAGGAGCAUCUCCACCUGGAGAGCAUUGUCUGGUGCUGGUCUGCAGAGGCACACUACCUCCUCACGCAGCUUCAGGCUGUCCAGGGCCUCGGUGGGGAUGUUCUGGAGCUCAUCAGACACCGCCUGCAGAACACAGGGGACCAGAGCUUCCCAAGGCAACACAACAGCACAGCCAAGCUCUUCCCGGCCCUGGAUGCUCAGAGCCACGCCAGGUCAGCAGGGACCUGCCCAAGCAGGAGUGGAGGAGCAAGUGGAGCUGCCAGGGAGGCACCUGCAAUGCACCACAAGGGUCCUGCCAGCACCUCCCCUGCCAGGAGCCCGGUGAAGCACGAGAGACAAAGCAGUGACACAGGGCAGGGCGGCCCCAGCAAGAUGUCCCAGGUCACCAAGGACACAGCAGCAAGGAUGCUCCACAUGACUCAGUUCCUGAGGAGGAAGGGCCCCAUCACAAGCAAGGACCAGCUCGUUGCCUGUGCGAGGCAGAUGGCUCUGGAUGGGCAGAAGUUUGUCACCUUUGGCCGUGCCGUGGCCAAGCUCUGCCUGGACAGGAGGUGCUCCAUGGAGCUGCUGUGUGCCACCGAGCAGGCCCUCACCAUCAGCAGCCAGCUGGGCAUCGUGGCCAGGGUAAAAGCAGUCACUGCAGAAAGCAAAUCCUCUUCUGAGCUGCUCGUGAGCAACACACAGAACCUGGUGCAGGCGGUUCUGCACGUCCUGAAGGCAGCUGAGGCAGCGUGUAUCAAAGGUCUGCGCCAGCCCCCGCCUGACUCUGAGGAAGCAGCAGCAGCUGCUUUUUGCAUGCAGUGGAGAAGAAACCUGUUCCUGCACAGAGCCAAGGAGUCCCUCACCUCAGACAGGGAUGAACUGGGGCUGCGCAGGACUCGGGCCGGGGCUGAGCCCUCCCUGGUGGCGAUGGUGCAGGACCAAGCACUGCACACCAAGGACACCUCCAAGCAGCCAAAGGCUGUUAAAGGAUGUACAAUUAGGGGUGGCCACCUGUGGAAAGAGGAAGGGGCUUGUGCUUCCUUUUGGUGAAUGAACAGAGAAUGAUGCCACAACACAGGGCAGGCAGCCUGUGAUGAGGCACCUU